AUGUACAGAGGCGUGAAUGUAGAUAGCCGGAACAAUGAACUUAUAACCAAAAAAGAUUCACUCAGCAAUUUAAACGCAAAGGAAAGAAGCAGCGGCAGGAUAGCUAAAAGCUAUUACGACAAACAUGAUACAGAGCAUAUGAUGCAGAAUGCGGGAAAAAAUUACUUAGACCAUUUCGAUGCACAAAAUGGAAACCUCAACAAGAAUUAUAUCUACUCUUGUGAUAAUUUAAUGGAUGAAGAUAGCAGAAAAACUAGUAACCUGCAUAGUAAAAUGUUAGAGGAACAUUUGAAUAACUACAGUUAUCAUGUGGAUCCAGACUACAUACGUAAUAAUAAGUAUGCAAGUUCACAAGAAAGGGCUGAAGGAAAUCAUCUAAUUAGUCUUAGUGAACACAGAAACAUGAUUUUGUCUAACGAGUUCAUUAAAAACAGUUACUUGACUAAAAAUUAUGAAAAAAACAAAAAUGACGGCAACAAAAAUAAGGACGAAAUUGUCCACACGGUAAGUAAUCACUAUAAUAAUUUAAUCAAAACGACCAAUAAGGGUAUAGAAAAUAUAAACAGCAAUUGUGAUGCUAUCAUUUCCAAGCAAAAUUACGAUAGCCUUUCCGAUGUUAGUAGUAUCAUUUUGAUAAACCAAAACGACAAUACACAGAACAAUAAUGAUUAUGCGGAUUACAACUACAAUAGUUAUUUUAAUUAUCGUAACGAUCACACCUCUGCACACCACUACAAUGGCAAUGCUAACAGUGACGCCCAACAUAAUGCAGGUAGAACUGGUCAGUACAACGGGUGCAGCACAGGGAAUAAUAAACGACACAGCAAUGGACGUAAUAACCGCAGCCAGCGAAACAAGAAUGGUAAUUAUGAUGGGGAAAAAAGAGAGUCAUUCCCUUUUGCACAUGAAAGCUCGCUGAAUGAAAAUUUAAUACACGAUAGCUGUGACUACGACAAAAUCGGAAAAGACGAGAUGGAAAUAGGGGAUAAUCAGCUGAAUUCGUUAUCUGUAUACAAUGAUGAAGAUGCACAAAAUAGAAUUCUUCAAGAAAUGGAUGAGCAAGCAAAACAAGACGACAUGCACUUUACAAGUAGACUACAGAACAAUGAAAGUGAAAACACAAAUAACCGAAUUAAAAUCUACGACAUAUUUAACAAUCUUAAUAUUAAAAAAAGUAACAAUACAAAUACAGGCAUUUUAAAUUUUUUGAAAAAUCAGAGGAUGAACAAAUACACCUAUGAUAGCAAGGGUAUUCGAAAUGAGGCUGCAGAAAAUAAGGCCAUCGGCAAGGAGCUUCAUAACAGCGGCGUGACCAGUAAAGCAGGGGGAAUCCCUGUGGAUGGUCACGCCGGAAAUGGCCAUAAGGCACGCAGCGCCAACACAAGUAGUCAUAGCAACACGGAGAGAAGCCACAGCAAUUACAGAUUCAACGGUAACAUGAGAAAUAUAGAAAGUAAAGACACGUGUAAUAACCCCGCUAUGUUCAAAGGAUGCGCGUACACCGACGAGGAAGCAAAAAAUAGAGUAGCAACACCCCAUCGCAUUUUAAUCGAUCAGAAGUAUAUAGAGGAAAGCGAGCAUAGACCAUCCAAGAUGGAGUUAGCAAAUAAGUCUAAUAUUAGCUCAUUUGAAACUUUGAAACAUUUAGAGAGGGAUAACAAUGGUCAUGUUACUAAUUUGUACGGAACUGCAGUGAAUGAGUUUUUAAAUAAAAAGGACAGCUGUUCAGAUGAAUGUAGUAAUAAAACCGAUGCCGAAAGAAAGCAGCAAAACAAUCCCUUCAGUGUGUAUCAUUAUGUCAAAAGGCAACAAGCAGCUAAUGGAACUCCGCUUCCCAACGGCAAGGGAAAGGGUGGCAGCAAUAAAAGCUCUAGCAAUAACAGCGGCAGUAAUAAAAAAAUCGGUAGUAGUAAAAUGGGUAGUAAUAAAAGCGCUAGCAAUGGUAGUAAGGGUAACAAAAAAUGCAACGUAAACGGUGGAAGUAGCAAGAGUAACCGAAGUCGUAAAACUGUAGAAUCAAAUUACAAUCCGAUUUAUAGACAAUACGUUCAUAACCAUGACUGUGGUAACGAACUUCCCCACCAGGGUGAUAAUGACAAAAAGAAAAGCCCAAUCUCAAGGGACACGGCAUCACAUAGAAGUGAUAACUAUAGUAUAGGGAAAAAGGGCGUACAAAACAUAUACAAAAAUGGAUCGGAAGUACACAGCGGUAAUUUUAAACAUUAUUCGAGGAAAAGCACUAAAAAAGACUCACUUGACAGAGAACGCAAUAUGGACGUUAAGAGGACCAAGCAAGACAAGGAUCAUCAGUACUUCAAAAAAGGGAUUGAAACUGAUAGGGAAUUUCCUUUUAACGCGCAAAUGAAUGGAAACAAUACUUAUUUCAUACACGAUGACAACAGAAAAAAUGAAAAAAUAAAAACCAACGAAGAGUUAUCAAGUAUAUAUAUUUCUUCAUAUUCCGAUUCGUCCAUGCAUAGCCCCAUGCAAUCCUUUGUGGAACCCAAAAAUAGGGGACACCAAAACAGCUGCAACUCCAAAAUUACACUUACGAAAGGAAUAAAAAACAAGAGCCCAAAAAAGUAUAAUGAAAAACGAAAAAUGGACAUGAAGGAAAAACAAGAAAAUGAACAGUUCCAUCGGUGUAGAAGUAACUCCAUAGUUGAUGACGUAUGUUCCAUUUAUGGGGACGCGAAGCAGUACAAUUUUAUCGAUGGAAUUGACGAGAAUUGUAUGCACCGAAAGGAUACUUGUCGACACAUUUUCAACGACCACUCUAACUUCAACAAUGCUAAUAAGAAUAGUAAAGGGGUUGGAACCGAUGCGAGAAUCUUCGGACACUCACACAAUUAUGACCAAGCAAAAACGUCUCUGCAACAAAAUAACUGCAAACACGAAUGCAGAAACGCACACACAGAGUAUGUCAAGAAGAAAAAAAAAAAAAAAAACAAAAAAAAUUAUGAGAUUGAUCGGUACACCGAAAGUGGUAGUAUCAGGGAUGGAGCAAGCAUCCGUGAUGAAGAUGGAUGUAACAAUGACUAUAAAAAUAGCCUCAAAGGUGAAGACAGUUAUGUGAGACACACUCACAUACGAAGCAACUCACCUAAUGUUAAACAUUCAUAUCCUAGCAACGGCGUUGAAGUAGCAAGUAAAAAAUAUCCAAGCCAACAUGAUAACGCUUUAAAAGGAUUAAGUGCCGAUAAAGGGAACAAACGUUAUGGUGACAGUGAUAGGGUAAAUGGGUGUGACGACGCAUAUGACCAUCUCUUCUCGAACGAACUCUCUCAUUCUAUGAACCCGUUUAGGUACAACAUGAGUAGCAACCCUCGCGAAGUCCACAAAGGUAGUAACGAAGUUGACGGUUACAAUAAUAAUAGUAACGGUUGUGAUAGGCACGGCAAAUGCAAUGGCAGGGUAAGAGAUAAAAAUGGGAACGUGAACAAUUUGGAAAAAUCUCAAAUUGCACUGGAGUGUAACAAAAAGUGUGUUUUAAAGAAAAACGAAAAAAAAAAGAAGACAGAGGAACCGUUUAACAUCAAACAAACAAUAGCACAAGAUGAAGAUAUUGCACAUGGUGAUGACAUAAAGGUGUUCGUCAAGUGCAAAAUGAAGAAGAAAUCGUGUUGCAUUAUUUCGGAUUAUGAGGAGCGUGUCUGUUCUAUGAGAGAAAAUGUAGCAGUCAGCAAGACACAUUUUGUUGCGGAUUGUAAAAAGAUGCAUCAAGGAACAGAGAACACUAGUAAGAAAUGUACCCUAAAAAAGGGCGCCAACCAAAGUAGCAGUAGCUUCAACACUUCCAGCAAUAAAAACUACGAGAAGGACGAGGACGGAUAUGAUAAUAAUGCUGUUCGCAGAAAGUCUACUCGCUUGAAAGAGAACAAUAUGAAGAACACGCAUAUAACCCCCCAACACAGUAACGCUGCUAGCAUAAGGAGUAACAGGGACACGAACACAUGCAAUAUUUAUAAUAGCCAAAGCCGAAGUAGCAACCUGCACAGCGGCAUGAGUAAUAUAAGCAGUAGCAGUGAUGACAUGGAUGAUGGAGAAAACCAAAAUGUAAAAUGGAAAACAGGAAAGAACCAAAACAGUCAUUUUCCUAAUAGAGGAAAAAAUGAAUUAAAUUUUUGUUGUGACCAAGAAGAGAACCAAAGGUGUAGGCGCGAAAGGGACACCUUUUGUAGCGUAACGGAGAUCCGCGAUUCGAAUUCAGACGCUGAAGCAGACUCCGACGUUGGAAAACAAAAUCGCGAAGUAAGUAGAGUCGAAAGGGAUAGUCACUUUACAAGCAGUAGAGCGCCCCCCAAAAAAAGCCAGAGUAAUUUAGCCAAAUGUAAAAAGGACAAACGACAGGAUCUCUCAACAGGAGAGGACAACACCGAUUCUGACAAUUUAAAGGAAAAGAGAAACAGGAAUAGGAGGUAUCCAUACACGGGUUGUAGUAACAACCCCACGAAUGAAAAUAGCACAUUGAUUUAUAACCAAAAUGGCAAUCAAAGUGCUCAGCAUAACAAACACAGGUCAGUAAAAAACGGAGGUAGCCCUGAUGAGGAUGAACACAUAUGCGCAAAUGUGCUUCACGACAAUGAGCAUUUCUGCAACAACGCGAACGAUGUCACAAUGAGGGCAGAAAACAUGUGCACCACAUAUACAAAUAUAAACGGUGCCCACAUCAAUGACCCACGCAUGAAAUAUGCAGACAUUUCCAUCUCAAACUAUAAAACGCACUCUUCGAAAUAUACCAUGGAUAGCAUUGACAAACCUGCUAGUGUAGUCUCCCUAAACAAAAGAAUAGACAUACAAUUAAUGACCCAAAGUGAGGAAAACUUCGGUGAUUCCACCCAAGACAAGUGCCCCAUGAUGGCAUGUGAACACAUGGCAGGUGUAAACACAAACCAUAAGGAUUCACAAGUGAAGAACGUCGCCUCGGCAAAUAAAGCAAAGGAUAACGCUGCAAAUAUGAUAAGCAGAAAUGUACUUACACAUCAGAGGGCGCAUGGCCAACAUGGAGACUACAAAAAUUUAAUCAUGACGGGGGACGUGGCUAGUUUUGCUGAAAACAUACCCCCAAUGGAGGAAAAACGGAUGGAAAAACAGUUACCGGGAGACAGCAUCAAACAGAAGGCCUUUCUCUUUUACCAAAAUGAUGAUAAGCUGGACGACUUUUUUACACAUAGCAAUAAAGGAGACAUGUUUCCUAACGCAAAACGCAUGCAAAGUAGCACCAUGUUGAAUAUGGAUUUACGCAGUGGACACAACCCCCACAACGAGCACAAAAUGAAAGAAGUACCCACUGAGCAUAACCCAUUUAAACGGACAGAAUAUAUAGACCAUAGUAAGACAACAGAAAAUUAUCAUAACAGAAGUAGCAACAUGUACGAGAAAGAGGCCGGCAGUUUUUCAAAAAACAGUGUAAGCAAUCAAUGGAAUAGAAAACCUGGUACUUCCUCAACUGUACAUAGAAGGAAAAAGGACGAUGAAGGAGUAAACGUAAGCUUAAACACGAAUGCAAGUGUGAAUAUAAAUUAUAAUCAUGAAGAUUCGCAUACGUACCAAAGUAAAAAUGCAUACAUGCGUGACGAACAAACAUUUCCAGGGGAAUCCAUUCAAGGGCAAAACUAUAACAACGCACUUUGUAAGAAUCACUCUAAUAUCGAUGAGAGAAAUGACGAAAUAUUGCAUGAGACUGGAAUGAGCCAUUUAUUAUCCUCGAGAGGUCAAGUAGUGGACAACAUAUACAGAGGGGAUAAUAUGUACAAUGGGCAAGUGCUGGGUAGGGGAGCUCCUGCACAAGUGGCAAAAUCGGUGCAAAUUAUGUAUCAUGUGUAUGUAAAUAACGCAACACAGGAGCAUCCUCAACGAAUGGGAGACCCCUAUGGUAUCAUUUACUACCCGUCUGAGACCCACACUAAUGGAAAUAGUUACAACGCUCAUCCAAAUUUCCUCCACAAAGAAGACGAAGCCGCGCAAAGGAGCAUCGAGAAAAAUCCCUGCUCCCUGCAUUCACACAUAAAAAGUGCGAGCAUGGAUGGGGGAAAAAAAUUUUACAAAAUGGAAGAAAAAGAUACCAUGAGUGUCAAUUUCCCUACAGACAGGGGAAAUCAAAAUAAACAAUAUGACCCAUGUAGGAUUAAGUUGUUCGAUAACACUCAACACAACAAUGUUAACGGGGAGCAGCCAGAUUGGUUUGCCUGUAAAACCGAUUUCGAACAAAAUGCAAGCGAGCGCAAAGGAUCGAAUAACAUGGCAGGGGGCAUAGGCACAAACGAGUGUUAUCUCAGUGGGAAUCAUAAUGAUGAACGUAGCCAACGGUACAUGCACAUGGGAGGGGUUGCUUCCUGCCCAAGCAUGUACCCAAGCAGCUGUGGGCGGUACACAAACGGCGUAACUGCAAAAAAUGGGGAUGGUUUACUCUCACGUCAUGAAAAAGACACUACCAUUCACAGUAUUAGAAAAAAUAAUAACGGCGAUAUGAACGGCCACAUGAACGGUGACGUGAACGACGAUAACAAUUGUAGAUCUGUUGAUAAGGGGAUUAACAUCAACGUGAGCAGUGCACUCAAUGAGGCAGAAAAAAAACGUGUGCACAUGGACAGCCAGGAUGUGUACUCUGAAUUGGAGGAGAGCGUAGCCAUCUUAAAUGAAGUGCUAGGAAAAAAUAACGAAAAUUGGAACAAACCCUACAGUGCCACAAAUAAAUUACCGACACUUCGCUUUACCAACAAUUUGUCUUUCGAUUUUGCGAACAUUCUAAACAACUACAAAGACAAAUCGGAUAAUUAUCUAAAUAAGCAGUACAUACAAGACUUGGAAAGAAUUCAUUUUUUAAUUCAAGAAUUUAUAAACAGCUACAGGUGUAGUGAUAAUUUAAAAUCGAUUUUUCAACUCCUUCAGUACGAAAUUGAAAAGGAGAAAAGAGAGAAUCUGUAUUUUUGUCAAAACCAGAAAUGUGUAGUUCUUACCAUGCCUUUAAAUGAUAUUAAAAAAAAUUAUGACAAUUUUGGUGAGCCCAACCCGAAGGAACCCAUCUGCGAAUAUAAGAUGGAUACGUGCCUUUUGGAAAAUUCAGAAAAUGACUCCAAGGGUGAGUCCUGCACUUGGGGAAGGAACUACUUAGACGAAGACCUGACAAAGGAAUAUAAUUUAGUAAAGAAUUGUAGUGGGGGGUAUGACCCCGACUAUGACGACCACGAUUAUGUUUCUAAUGACAAGUCCGCGGACAACUGCGUGGAGAAGUGCACUACAGGAAAUUGCAGAGGAUUAUGCAUGAAAGCACCAAGCUGCAUUUCUGGCCCGAAUAGCAUCACAGACGUGGCAACAGAUACGACAUCGGUAGUGGUCCACACGUACAGUCACGACGGCAGCGGCAAGCAGGUCAGGGCAAAACGUGGCAUCGGUAACUUGCCCAAGACGGAAAAACUGGGCAAGCACUGUAUUAGCAAAAAAACCUACAGCGGCAGCUUAAACGAAAGUAUCUUGUCCAAAAUGAACAUAUUCAUAAUAAGGCACAAUAACCGCGUGUACAAAUUUAAGCUAAAUAGCAAUUUCCCUCUAAAGGGAAACCAAAUGAAUAACAAAAAAAAUGGAAAACUUUUUAAAUUACUUUCUUCAUUUUAUAAAUCAUUUUUAAACGAGAAGUGCAACAAAAGAAAUGUUCUACUUAAUGAAGACGUGCCCCUAAGUUAUGUCCAAAAUGUGGAUCCCAGCACAGAUAGCCCUUCACAUGAUCAAAAUGAUAAUGGGGUUGCUACAUCUUCACAUAUCAAUAAUGACGAGAAUUUUUAUAAUAUUAUUCAAAGUAGUGAACUCACGAAUAUAGAAGACCUUUUCAUUUCGGACGACGAGGUGAAUCUUAUUUAUAUGUAUAACAAUAAUCGCAAUGAAAAGGUUUAUAGUUUAGAAAAAUUGGAUGUAUUGCAAAAUCAAAACUCUACAUUGUCCACUGUGGAUGAUUGUGAUAACACGGCGUAG